CUUUUGUCCGCCACCUCGCGGUACACGACUCACAAAAAUAAUGGGCGCAACAUAGUCCGUAUAAAUAGAACAUUUGCUUCUAGCAUUGUCGCUUUCAUCUAAUUAUUUAUUCAAAGAAGAUGCCGAAGGAUGUCGGCAGUUCGUUCCGUAAGUCGCCCAUGAACUUAAAAUUUCCCAUUGCAAUAUAUAGACCGCACCACUCACCAUUGAACAGUCUCCCAUGCCUCCUCAGGCGGCGCAUCAGGUCUCGUCUCCGCAGUCAUUCUCCAACCCGCCGAUCUCCUAAAAACCCGAGUCCAGCAGUCAGGACAUAGUUCCCUGCGCGCAACCGCAAUACACAUCUGGCGAACCUCGCCGUCGGUCCUUUCGUUCUGGCGGGGUACACUGCCCUCUGGCCUUCGAACCGGCGCCGGAACUGCCAUCUACUUCUCCGUCCUGAACGACCUGCGCACCGCGGUUGCGCGCUCGAAUAUUCUCGUCCCGGGGGUGUUACUGGAUCGUAAUGCGCGGACGAAUUACUCCUCCUCCCUGCCCAAGCUGUCGAAUCUGGGGAAUCUGACGACGGGCGCGGUGGCGAGGACGUUUGCGGGGUUCAUUACGAUGCCGAUGACGGUUAUGAAGGUGCGGUAUGAGUCGAAUCUCUAUACGUAUACAUCGUUAUGGGGGGCGAGUAGAGAUAUCUUCAAGACGCAAGGAUUGCGAGGAUUCUGGUCGGGGUUCGGCGCAACGGCUUGGAGAGAUGCGCCGUAUGCGGGACUACAGAUUCUUUUUUAUGAGCAGUCGAAGGAUCGAUUGAGUCGACUUGCGCAGAAAACUGCGUUGCCGGGGGAAAUCGCUAAGGGCAUGAAGGUUUCUACGUCGGCGGAGAUUAAUUUUACGUCGGGGAUUGUGGCUGCGGGGUUGGCGACUGCUAUUACGAACCCGUUUGAUGCGAUCAAGACCAGGAUUCAGCUGGAGCCGUUGAAGUAUCGGAAUAUCCUGCAGGCGGCGAGGGUAAUGCUCAAACGUGAGGGGAUCACGAGUCUUUUUGAUGGGAUGGGGUUGCGGAUGGGGAGGAAGGCUUUGAGUUCGGCUUUUGUGUGGACUCUGUAUGAGGAUUUGAUUCGAAGGACGGACGUGGCUUGGAAAUAAAGGGCCUUAUCGUGAGAGAGAGAGAGGGGCAGAGGGAGCUGGGGGUGAUAACAACACUUGUAUAAUAUCAAAGAUGCCACUCGGUUUGUAUGGCGCAUAGCGUAUUGCGGUGC